AUGGAUGAUCGUCGUGGACUUGAUCUGAAUGAAGUAGCAAUUGAGGCUUUGAGUGAUUCAGAAAAUUUGGAAAAGGGUGGUUUAUCUGGCAGUAAUGCAAGGAUGACAAGCAGCGGUGAUGUAAGAAAAGAAGCAGAUGGUAGUAAGCAUGCAAGCGGUAGCAACACAAAUGUAUCUGCUGAUACAGAAGCUGUAACUGGACAAACACUGUCGAGUGAUGACUCAGAAGGUGGUGAUGAUGAUGACGAAGAAGUCCAGUCAACACCAUGCAGUCAAACUAACAUCCAGACACCUUACCCAGGCAUGAUGUUUGAAUCAUGGGACGAGGCGAAGUUGCACUACAACAGAUAUGCUCAUCAAGUUGGUUUUUCUAUCAAGUGUAGUACAUCGAAGAACUCGACCAUUGAUGGACAGAAGGACAAGCAGCUUUUUGUUUGCAACAAGAGUGGGAAAAAUGAGGAUAUAAAUCAACUAGAUGUACCUCCAGUUAGGCAAAGGAACCGGAGCAUCACUAAGAAAACAGAAUGCAAGGCUCGUAUGAGAGUAAGAAGGAAAGGGAAGAAGUGGCAUGUAACAUACUUCAUUGAGGAGCACAAUCACAAAUUAAUAAAGAAAUUCUCGUUGAAGAAGUACUUAAGGUCUCAUAAAGGAAUUCCUAAGGAGGAAAAGGAUUUUGUAAGACUAUUGCAUAAGGUCAGUCUCUCAGCAGGAAGGAUCAUGCGGAUUAUGGCAGAAGUAUAUGGAGGUCUGGCCAAUGUUUCGUACGACAGUAAAGAUGUGAGCAACUUAAUGUCUAACAUAGAUAACGAGCACUCACAUAAAGACAUGUCGCUGCUGUUAGCUCACUUUGCGAGGAUUAAGAAGGAUGAUCCUGAUUUCUACUUCAACUUACAUACUGAUCAUGCAGACAAGGUUGACCGCAUAUUCUGGGUGGAUGGAGCUGCUAUAGCUGCAUACAAAAACUAUAGCGACUGCUUGUCAUUUGACACUACCUAG